UUUAAAACCAAUUUAAACUUUAAUAUAAGUGAUAAUUUCAAAUAUUAAAUUCAGAGUAUUGCUGAAACAAUGCGGAAGCUUAAGUAUAAAACAUAAUCAAAUUGUUUUACAUUUUUCUGGGUUCUCGCCCGAAAAGGUAUUUAUUUAAUUAAAACAUCAUAAAUGUGGUCCACCAGUCCGUACAUCUCGUCACUCUCAUUGACCUCCGGGAUGGGCUCCAUGAUCAGUAUUGUUACCUGCGUGUAGCAAGUAAAACAAACUACACGCUCAGCGUCAGCUGAGGAAUACGCUAAUACAACAAUUCCAAGUUGAAUAGCAAGUAGACAUAUAAUUAUCAUGAUAUGACAUAAUAUAGCAUGUAUGCUCAAAUGAUGAUUGUGAUACGUAAUAAAUGUCAUACAUAGUCAUAAUGAUUGCAUUUGCUUGAUGAUGAAUUCAUGCUGUAUGAUUCUAGGUCACAAGGACAAGCCUUGAACUAUGAGAUUCGCCCAUUUUGUACGACGAACUCACGCAAAAAUAGGGGUGGGUGAGAUCGAAAUGGGAACCUCGACCCAAUCCAAGCCCCAACACGUCUCACCUAACCAACAAAAACGACUGGGUAGCAGAGGGCUACCUGGCUGGCUGGCUUUUAUAUAUAUACUACACAUAUGUUGUUGCCCAUUAUAUAUUAUCCCAUACCCCAUUAUAUAUAUUUACUAUACGUACUUACAUGCUCCUAGAUUUUAUUCUUAUUGCAUUGCUGCUAUAAGACACAUCAUAUAUAAAGAGUACAAAUUUAAAUAUAAAAAAACAUAGUAUGCAAGUAUGGCGGCGUGUUUUUGGUCUCGGAUCGUGCUUUUCAUCGUCGUCGUCCUCCCUCCCUGCCUGUUUCCGGCAAUUGUUGAAUGCCGGGUUCGACACUAUAAGUUUGAUGUGGUGAUGAAGAACAUGACUCGUUUGUGUUCAUCGAAAUCCGUCGUCACGGUCAACGGAGAGUUCCCCGGGCCCACCAUCUACGCUAGGGAAGACGACACCGUGCUUAUCAGGGUCGUCAAUCAUGUCAAAUACAACAUCUCUAUUCACUGGCAUGGGCGAACAGGUUGGGCAGACGGGCCGGCGUACAUAACGCAGUGCCCGAUCAGACCGGGGCACAGCUAUGUGUACAACUUCACCGUGACAGGGCAAAGGGGCACACUAUUUUGGCACGCACAUGUGCUGUGGCUAAGGUCAACGGUCCAUGGCGCAUUGGUCAUACUGCCUAAGCUGGGCGUCUCUUACCCUUUCCCUAAACCGGACCACGAAACGGUUCUAUUGUUGGCUGAGUGGUGGAAAUCUGAUACUGAGGCUGUGAUCAAUGAAGCACUGAAAUCAGGGUUAGCUCCCAAUGUUUCCGAUGCCCAUACUAUCAAUGGUCAUCCUGGACCUGUCUCAAAUUGCCCAGCACAAGUUGGAUAUAAGCUAAGCGUUGAAGCUGGGAAGAGCUACUUGCUAAGGAUAAUCAACGCUGCCCUCAAUGAAGAGCUCUUUCUCAAGAUUGCAGGCCACCUGCUGACCGUUGUGGAGGUGGAUGCCUCCUACGUUAAGCCCUUCAAAACCGACACCGUCAUGGUUGCCCCCGGGCAGACCGCCAACGUCAUCCUCACCGCCGACAAGCGCUCUGGCCAGUACAUGGUGGCCGCCUCCACCUUCAUGGACGCUCCCAUCGCCAUCGACAACCAGACCGCCAUCGCGACCAUCCACUACGCCGGCACCCUCACCGCCGGCCCCACAACCCGCACUUCCACGCCCCCGAAAAACGCCACCGCAGUGGCGAACCGUUUCGUUGAUGCUCUGAGGAGCAUCAACUCCGAGGAGUUCCCUGCGAACGUCCCGCGGACGAUCGACCAUUCUCUCCUCUUCACGGUCGGUCUCGGGAUCAACCCGUGCCCGUCCUGCACGCCCGCAAACGGGACCCGUGUCGUCGCGUCCAUCAACAACGUCACGUUCGUCAUGCCGACCACGGCGCUUCUGCAGGCACACUUCUACGGGAUAAACGGAGUGUUUACCGCGGAUUUCCCGGGGAAUCCGCCGGUCGCUUUCAACUACACCGGUGCUGGCCCGGCAAACCUCCAGACUUCGAAGGGGACGAGGGUUUACAGGCUGGGGUACAAUGAGACAGUUCAACUGGUUUUACAGGACACCGGGAUUAUUGUGCCGGAAAACCACCCGGUGCACUUGCACGGAUUCAACUUCUUCGUCGUUGGGAAAGGAUUGGGGAAUUUCAACCCCAAGAGGGAUCCUAAGAAGUUCAAUCUCGUCGAUCCCGUAGAGAGGAACACCAUCGGAGUUCCGGCCGGCGGUUGGGUUGCCAUUAGAUUUCGUGCUGACAAUCCAGGAGUGUGGUUCAUGCACUGCCACUUAGAGGUGCACACGACAUGGGGAUUAAAGAUGGCAUUCCUAGUGGACAAUGGAAAGGGUCCUGACCACAGCAUUCUGCCACCACCUAACGAUCUGCCCUUAUGUUAAUAAAACAGCAACCCGACCCGGUUCACAUAGUUAAUUUGUAUAGCAGGAUCGAGCUGGGGAGACAACUUACGUUUGGGCAGAUGCACAAAACAUAUUACUCCUAAUAAUAAUAAAAGUGGGCAAUGGAGAUGGCGUUUGGUUUUUGUUCGAGUGAAGGAAAUGUUGAUUUGCUCAAGCAAAUUCAAAGUAUUUGUAAACUAGCAUAUUCUAA